CUCCAUCUCUUGUGUGCUUUGGGGGAGCUCUCCACUCUGCCAGAGAAAACACACCUAGAAAAAGCACGACGUCAAUCCCUGCCAUUCCCUCGGGGUCCCCCAACCUCCCCCCAGCCUCCAGAGAGCGAAGCGCGCAAGGGGCGCGGCAGCCCGGGCCAGCCCACAGCCAGCUGUAAGCAGCCCUGCUAGUCCCCUGCCGUCGCAGCUGCAGCGGGUUGGGUAUGGGGCAGUGGCGGGGACGCAGGGGCUCUACCGGGAGCCUUGGUUGUUAGUUUUCAGGUCUAGGUGCCUGCAGCCGGCGUGAGCAGCUCAUAGCCAGCGUGGGUCUGCGGUGACAGUGCAGUGGAGGUUGGGCACCGGCUCAAGCUGGGACCCCGGAGGCACAAGCCAUGACGGACGCCAGCCACAAGAAGGAGGGCUUCAAGAAAUGUAGGAGCGCCACUUUCAGCAUUGAUGGGUACAGCUUCACCAUCGUUGCAAAUGAAGCAGGAGAUAAGAAUGCCCGUCCACUUGCCCGCUUCUCCCGGUCUAAGUCACAAAACUGUCUGUGGAACUCUCUCAUUGAUGGGCUCACUGGGAAUGUCAAGGAGAAGCCACGGCCAACAAUUGUUCAGGACACUCGACCCCCAGAGGAAAUUCUGGCAGAUGAAUUGCCACAGCUGGAUAGCCCAGAAGCUUUGGUGAAGACAUCCUUCAGGUUACGGUCUUUGGUCAAGCAGUUAGAGCGAGGGGAGGCCUCUGUGGUAGAUCUUAAGAAGAACCUGGAAUACGCAGCCACAGUACUUGAAUCUGUAUAUAUCGAUGAAACAAGGAGACUUCUGGAUACAGAGGAUGAACUUAGUGACAUUCAGUCAGAUGCUGUGCCUUCUGAGGUCCGAGAUUGGCUGGCCUCCACCUUCACAAGACAGAUGGGGAUGAUGCUUAGGAGAAGUGAUGAGAAGCCCAGGUUCAAGAGCAUCGUCCAUGCAGUGCAAGCUGGGAUAUUUGUGGAGAGAAUGUACAGGAGAACAUCAAACAUGGUUGGGUUGAGCUAUCCACCAGCUGUUAUUGAUGCAUUAAAGGAUGUGGACAAGUGGUCCUUUGACGUCUUUUCGCUCAAUGAGGCCAGUGGAGAUCAUGCAUUGAAAUUCAUUUUCUAUGAAUUACUCACGCGCUAUGACCUGAUCAGCCGUUUUAAGAUCCCCAUUUCUGCACUUGUCUCAUUUGUGGAGGCCCUGGAAGUGGGGUACAGCAAGCACAAAAAUCCUUACCAUAACUUGAUGCAUGCUGCCGACGUCACACAGACUGUGCAUUACCUCCUCUACAAGACGGGAGUAGCGAACUGGCUGACGGAGCUGGAGAUCUUUGCAAUAAUCUUCUCGGCUGCCAUCCAUGACUACGAACAUACUGGAACUACCAACAAUUUCCACAUUCAGACCCGGUCGGAUCCAGCUAUCCUGUACAAUGACAGAUCUGUCCUGGAGAAUCACCACUUGAGUGCAGCCUACCGCCUUCUGCAGGAAGACGAGGAGAUGAAUAUUCUUGUCAACCUCUCAAAGGAUGACUGGAGGGAGUUUCGAACUUUGGUAAUUGAGAUGGUAAUGGCCACGGAUAUGUCCUGUCAUUUCCAGCAAAUCAAAGCCAUGAAGACAGCCCUGCAGCAGCCAGAAGCAAUUGAAAAGCCAAAAGCCUUAUCCCUGAUGCUGCACACAGCAGACAUCAGCCAUCCCGCGAAAGCAUGGGACCUGCACCACCGCUGGACCAUGUCUCUCCUGGAGGAGUUCUUCAGACAGGGUGACAGAGAAGCUGAGCUGGGGCUGCCAUUUUCUCCUCUGUGUGACAGAAAGUCAACCAUGGUUGCUCAGUCCCAAGUGGGUUUUAUCGACUUCAUUGUGGAACCCACCUUCACUGUGCUCACAGAUAUGACUGAAAAGAUUGUGAGUCCGUUAAUCGAUGAAACCUCCCAGACUGGUGGGACAGGCCAGAGGCGCUCAAGUUUGAACAACAUCAACUCAUCAGAUGUAAAGCGAUCGGGUGUCAAGAGUUCUGGGUCAGAAGGAAGUGCUCCCAUCAACAAUUCUGUCAUCCCUGUCGACUAUAAGAGUUUUAAAGCCACCUGGACUGAAGUGGUGCACAUCAACCGGGAGCGGUGGCGGGCCAAGGUGCCCAAAGAAGAGAAAGCCAAGAAGGAAGCUGAGGAGAAGGAUCGUCUGGCUGCUGAGGAAAAGCAAAAGGAAUUGGAAGCCCAAAGCCAAACUGAAAAAGGCACAUCCAGCAAAGCUGAGAAAAAGACUUCAGGAGAAACAAAAAGUCAAGUCAAUGGAGCUCGUACAAACAAGGGGAAGAACCCCAAAGGUGACAAGGCAGGAGAAAAACAGCAGAAUGGUGACUUGAAAGACGGGAAAAAUAAGGCAGACAAGAAGGAUCACUCCGGCACCGGAAAUGAUUCAAAGAAAACAGAUGAUCCCGAAGAGUAGCAAAGACCUCACGUAGACUGAGGCUGCCAGUGUCUCGCGCCAUUUUAGCUGAGCUUCUUCAUUCUCCUUCUUCCUCAAAGACCCAUGUGUGGGAAGGCGUACAGCUUUCAAAACCACGGCCCACAUUUGGCCUUCCCUCACGCUGUCUCCUCCCAGGGGCCUCUCGGGGUUGGCUUGUGGUCUUAGAAUUAUGGGGGAUUCCCCCGCCUGAUCACACGAACCCCAUUGGAGGUUUGUUUUGUUUUGUUUUGCCCCGCUCCCGAAGCAGCAAUCAAACACGAAAGACCAUUUUUCAAUAAUUUGGCUUUCACAGCACCUGUCGAGCCUGGUGAAAAACCGACGUCCUGGAUGUGCUGAAUGAGGCCUGGAAAAGCCCCUCACACAGUGACUGCAAUUUUUGAUUUUGUUAGUGCUGUUAACUUAGAGGUGGCCCUGCAUACUGGCUCAUGAUGGUGACUAUAGCCAGGCUGGCCUUCAUCACAGCUAAAAUGAAAUGCCAAUCUCUGGUUCUUUUUUUUCCAGUUGAUAACGUUCACUUUGUCAGUUUAUUUUAAGGUUUAAAAUUUGUUUUUAUGGUUUUUUUUCCAUUUGUAUAAUAUGAAAUCGUUUGUCUUUUAAGAGGAGAUUAUCUUAUAGGUAUAUGUAUUUGAUGCUUAAUUUAUUAUCUGUAAAUUCAUGAAUAUAAACCUUAAUGUGUUAGCUGAUGACCACACUGUCAGUGGGUUCCCCAGUAUUUUCACUGGGUACCUUUCAUCACGAAGAGGUCACUGAAAUGUUAACCACUUCCUGGUCCUCUUCUUUUGGGUAUCUGUAAGUUGACUUCAUUACUUUAUAAACCUUUUAGAAAGGGAAGUGAUAAGGGACACAGAAUCAGAGAGAUAUGUCAGAUAAUAAUUUUCAUUUUAGUGAGAUUUUAACACCAUGAAGAAGUUGAUUAAUAGCACAAAUAGACAAUAAGGAUAAUAGAUAUGGCAGAGAAAGGGAAUAAAAAUAGAUUAUCCUGUAGCCAAACAAAACGGAAUUCAGUGGAGUGCAAAGAAAAUGGGAUUUUUCUCUCCCACACUGUGAUUUGGACAUGAAUGGUUUUUUUAUUACUUAGUUUUAGGUCCCUUCUGAAAGUAAAACAUGUCAUAUAGAAUAAAUGACAGGAAGAAAGUGAGCUAGGUAAUGGGCUUGAAUGAAUUCUAUAGAUUUCAUUUCUAAAUUAAAGUAUAGAGACAGAUAUUUUAAAGUAUCUGUAUUGCAGGAAGAAGUUAUUGGUAUUUCUUCAGCAGUUAGAGAAGACUGUAUGUGUUCCUUAUGACCUCUUGGCUCAUAGAAACAGGUUUCAGCAGGAAGAUGUGAAGAAAGUUGUUGCCUGGAACACAGAGUACCUGAUGCUGACACAGCUUUUCUCUGUUUGUUCCACAUUUGGCCUCAUCACAACACCAAUACUUCUCCAUUGCUCUGCCUGCUUUCCUAACCGUACAUCAUGAGAUUUGAUAUUUAAAUGACUUGGGAACAUAAAGGAUCGGGUGUAUGAAUAGAACAAGCCAUGUAAUGUGUAAUUAUUGCAAUACGAGGCAAUUUGAUAGGCUUUGAUAUCAGGGAGACAGUAAGGAAGAGUGAGAAUCUUGGGGAAUUGCUGAGGGUGGCUGUUGAGGAAAAGCAUGGAUGGUCAGGGAUGAGUGAGGCUGGGUAUGAGGACCGGUGAGGUAGAUGCUGUCAUAAGAAGGCAGCAGCUCAUUAUGAUGGGCUAUGUUUGUACUGUGUAAGAAUGGAGAUUUCAGGUUUUAAACAUUGGCAUCUAACUCAGAUGCUUAUACUGUCCCAGUCAAACAAAAUGUGCUUAUGAGCUGCAUGCAGUCCAAGGGUCAUCAGAUUGCAAACUGUGUUCUUGAAGGUAGAAUGAUUAUAUAUGUCAGUUAAACACAAUCAAGUACAUGCCAGUUUAUGUCUCUGGAAUAUGGGCCUUUUACCUCACAUCUAUUCUGUAUUUUUUGUAUGUGAAGCACUUGGGCAGUUGAUACUGAUGCCCACUGCUUCAUUUUUUUAAACCUAGAAAACAACACUAAACAAUAUUGGAAAAAGAAAUAGGAAUAUAGCCAUUUUUUCUAGAACCAAUGGAGAUAGAAAUAUUUUAAAUUUGCUGUUAGCCAUUGAUCAGUUGAAAAGGACUGGGAGGAGAGCUUCAUGCCGUUAUACUUUGUUUAGAACACUCAGGUGGUACAAAAGCUCUGCUAACAUAGUCUUACUUUUUAAUUUCUCAAGUGUUAAGGCACAUUGAAUAAAAACACAGAGUCAUUUGUUUAAAAACAUGCAAAACACAUUACUGUGCUCUGAACUGAUCCUAGACCCAAUAA